AUCGUAACUUCCUUUACAUAUAUUUCUAGUUGGCUUCUAUAACAUUAGUUUACAUGCUUUUUUGUGGGAGUCAAAUAAUAAUAAUUUAAAAAAAAUGACGACUGUAGAAGAGUUAUACAAAGCUUUUGAAGUCUUAGCUGAUGCAAAAGAGAAGGCUGGAGAGCAUGAGUCAGAGUUUCUCAAGUUUCUGGCAGCAGGUAAAGGUAACGUGGGGGAGAAGAGGCUGGCCUCUCAGUUCAUCUGUAGAUUUUUCAAAUAUUUUACCCGCAUCCAAGAUGACGCCAUAAACUUAUUGUUUGAACUUUGUGAAGAUCCUGAUCCCAGCAUAAGAAAGCAGUCAGUUAAAGACAUUCUUACACUUUGCAGAGCCUCCCCUGAUAAAGUCUCCAGAUUUGCAGAUGCCCUGGCCAUGUUAUUUGGUACUGAAGAUAGUCAUGAGUUGUCUGGGGUUCAAAGCUCUAUGUUCAGUCUCUUCUCGAUUAAUUUAAAAGGGGCGCUUGAAGGCAUCUUUGGGAGGCUUUUACAGAUUUCUGAAGAGGAAGACAAUUCAGAAGAGCUGAUGGGUGUGAUAAGGGAAAGGUUGCUUCGGUUUCUAGUUGUCAAAUUGAAACAGAUGGGAGAUCUAGAGAAGGAAUGUGAAGAUUUGAUUAUGGAACAAUGCAAAAAGUUGCUGGAAGAUGUAACAAAAGAUGAAUUUAUUGCUGUCAUGGAACUACUGAGAAGCUUGAAAACAAUGACCACAGUUCAGUCACGUCAGCAGUUGGUAGAAAUGGUGGUAGAUCAAGCUGCAUUAGAUGAGCCGUUUGAGGCAUCUGACCCUGAUUGUGUGGACAGAUUACUGCACUGUAUCAGAUCAGCUUCACCUAUGUUUUCAAAAAAUGUUCACUCCAGACCCUUUGUUCAGUACAUUUGUGACCAUGUGCUCCCUGUUCUCAAAGAUGUUGUCAGUCCUGAUGAAGAGACCAACAUUCAGCUGGAGGUGCUGAAGACAUUUGCAGAGAUCUCAGAGUUUGCAGGUGAUGUGGACAAGCUGGACAAAAGAUUGAAUACAAUUUUCUCUGCUUUACUAGAAUUCAUGCCACUUCCACCCUCUGAUGAAAAAGAAGAAUCUACUACAGAGGAGCCCAAGUUGAACUUUUCUCAGGUUGAAUGUUUAAUAUUUGCAUUUCAUCAGUUGGCUAGAAAGAGUCCUGGCUUUUUAACAGAUGAAGUCAAUGGAGAAAGGCUUAAAGAUUUCAGAGUCAGGUUACAGUACAUUGCCAGAGGAAGUCAGAUCUGCAUCAAACGACUAAAAGAAGCAUUGCAAGGAACAACAGGGGAUGCUUUGAAGACAGAAGAAAACAAAAAAAGGAUUGUGGCCCUAAAGCUGUUUACAAACAUCACAAUGCUGGUGAAAGAUUUAAUGCACAACCCUCCUUCCUAUAAAGUUGCUCUCACAUUAUCAUGGCGUCCAUCAAGGGAGAUCAAACCAGCAGAAAGUAAUGAAACUGCUAAGACAUUAUCUCCAGGACAAAAACGUACCAUCACUCCAAUCACUUAUGAUGAUGCUAAUGGUAAAAAGAGCACUCCAAAACAAGCAAGGACACUCUAUCAACCUCCAGGGGGAAAGUUCAGUGAUAAAGCAGGUACCUUUACUAACUUUAGUCGUGGUGGUAACCGUGGUGGCAGAGGUCGAGGUAACUUCAGAGCACGAGGAAGACGAGGGAUGAGUGGCAGUGGUUUCUACCAAAAUAAACUGUGAAGCGAAGACAUCAGGCAAUCUCAAGUUUUGUUGUGUUGGAGCAAAAACCUUGGUAUCAAUCUUAGCUGAUGUACAGAGGUGCAGUGUUGGAUGUUUCCAAACAGAAUGAGCUGUAUAAUUAUUUUAAUGCCACUUCUUUGAUUUAUUGAUAAUGUAAACAUUUUGUAUUGUAGAAAGUUUUUCAUCACUGACUUGGUCUUGAGAAAUAUUUUGUCAUAAAUUAAGAAUCAAGUCAUAUGUUGUCAUGUAAGCAAAAAAGGUGAACACUUUCUGUGUUUUUAGAAGAACUGUAUUAUGAAUGGAUUUGGUUUUAAUGUAAUAGAUAAUAGACUACAAAGCUUUGUUAGGCAUUUAUAAAAGAUGGAUGUGAAAAGGCUACCAAUUACAACUGUAUUAGGUCACGUCUGCAAGUAAAGCUAGUGACAGCAAAUGUUAAGUAAUGGACAAGCAUACAUAAACUCAUGUUACCCUAGGACCGAUGGAACUUGGAAUGCGCACAUCAAACAGAUCCAUCAGCUUUAAUAUCAAAAGGAGGAAUCCUGUUUUUGUCACUGGGUGUUUCAGUCAGCGCUUAAAUUUUUAUGGUAGAGGCGCCAGGUAAGCUUCAUGUUACAACUAAUUUUUUUAAUUUUCUUUUUUUUUUCAGAGAAGAA